AAAAAUUAUGCGAUUCUAACUAUAUAUAACAAUAACGCGAAGCACAGCUACGCACUUGUAAAAUUCAUAGUUUUAAUUUUUUUCGAUUGCGAAUUUUCUUUUGCUCGGCUUUCCACGAUGAUGGGCAUAACGGCAGUAAUAGUUCUGACCUUGAGCGGUUUCUCAGUUCUUCACGCCUCCGCACAAGUGAACACAGCGACGCCCGCUGUACAGAAAGACAUUGUCGACCGGCAUAAUGCCUACCGCUCCUCGGUUUCACCGUCGGCAGCCAAUAUGCGCAAACUGGAGUGGAGCGCCGCUGUGGCCCAGAUGGCGCAGACCUGGGCCAAGGGCUGCAACUACGAGCAUAGUCCCAGUUCUCAUCGACCGGGCUGUGGCGAGAAUCUGGCUGCCAGCGCAGGUACCGCGGCGUCCUGGGCCAACGACGCUAUUGAUCCGUGGGCGGAUGAGCGACAUGAUUAUACGUUUGGCCAGACAAUUAUACGUCUGGCCAGGCCAGACAAGUAUGGCCACCGGUUGGUGGGAUCCGAAACCGGUUGGUCACUGGACAGCGAUGAUCUGGGGCGAAACGUAUCAAGUGGGUUGCGGCUAUAAAUUGUGCCCGGGAAAUACCAGUCCCUUCGGAAGCAGCUCGUGGCAUUACUACGUCUGCAAUUACUGUCCUCCGGGCAAUAUGCAAGACGGUAACGGACUACAGAAGCCGUACCGCAGUGGAGCACCGUGUAGCGCCUGUCCUGCCGGUUGGAAUACCUGCGACAACAAUUUAUGCAGUAAAUCAGCCUCGGCGACUACGGCACGCCCUCCGCCCACCACCGCAUCAGUCGGUCAGGUGCAGUGCCCCGCGGAAUGCCAGUGUCCGCCUUCACCGGUAUCGGAUUGUGAUACGGCGCGACCAGACCAAUGGUCCAACUGCUACGAAUUGGAAGUGGAAUACGGGAUUUGCAAUGUGGAAGUGGAGGGUCUGGAAGGGACCGGCGCCGAGUGCGAGACCACGUGUUUUUGUUAUGCCCGCAAGCGUAACACCAUAACGGAUCUGUCACGCAGUUUGAAGAUACCACAGCGUUUCUUAUAAAAACAGCGCGUAUCUGCGCUAAGAUGAAAGUGUAUUUGAAUAAAAAUUCUGUAAUGCGAAUCAAUAGUAUUUAACUUGGUUAACCAGUUUGGAAACUGGAACCACAAUAAUAGUUUUUUAAGGCUCUUUUCAGCCAUGUAGUUCUGCGAAUUCUGUUAAUGGGCUUCUCUGCACUUUAUUACGCCCGUCCGUUGCACGGGCGUAUACCAUU